GUAAGUCCUGCAUUUCGAGUUAGUCAGAUUACUUUUAUAUGCUUGAUACAAUAACAAAAUUUUCAUGUCGUAUUAUUACUGGUAUAUACAAACACCAGCCAUUUGGCAAUGUUUGUAAGCAAUAAGAUUUAUGGCCAUUACAUACUUUAUCAACUAUUUCCAGUUGACAGAUCAGGGUUUUACACAUUUUGGAUACACAUUCCCACGUACGGAGCAAUUCAUACAAAAAGAGGGAUAAUUACACUGUUUUGGAGAAGAUAGAGGCCUACUGCCAUGAAAAAUCGUUUGUCGUUUUUAUGCCGAAUAUCCUGAUAGUUAUAACUGGUUUUUAUUAGCAUAUUUGUGCCUGAUUCUUGUGCCCGAGAUGUGUAGGUCGAGGAAGACAGGAUGCCGGAAAUGUGUGGUCUUGUGGAGUGCCCAUUAACUGUUCGUAUGUUGCGGCGUUUACCCGUAUUGAAUGGUAUAUCAUAUGACGAUCGAAGGCGGCGUUGGUGUGUAAGGGUACCUUCUGAGAUUUGUGAUUUUGGUCAGCCUUUAUACUUUAGUGCUACUGAGUCUGACGCUUCUACGGCGUGGUUAUCUGCCGCAUAUCAUUGGUGUCGUUUGAUACUUUCUCACGUUCGUAAUGAUGUAGAUCAGUGUUCCUGCGGUGUUUGUCAGAUUCCUACCGAUGACCCUGCUGACGGUGUUAGGUUGUCUGCAUAUGAUUUCAGCGAAUCAUCUGCUGAUGGCAUAUAUGCUUCUGCAAUCGUGCCUUACGGUGGAUGUAAUUCUUCAUCUGUUUGGUCAUCAUCUGAUGGUGACAAUAUAUUAUCAAACUGUAAUUGUAUGAGUUAUUCAUUUCCUGGCGUUUUACCGGAUGGCGUGAAUUCUCCUGAUGCAAUGAUAAGUUCUUCCGAAAUUUCUGGUAUGAUUUUAAAUUCUGAUUUAGAUUUGCACUCUAACAUUGAUUAUCAUUUAUCAUCUGUAGAUAGCUGUUUCGGUAAUAUCACAGUUAGCGAGUCCGCCAAAACUGUUGCUAAUGAAAACAUCGGCACUGGUAAUUUAAAAGAUAAAAUGGUAAAUCGUCGCUUUGGUUGCAUCAAACCAACUCCGGGAAUUUGCCGAGAAAAAAAGCGCAAUGCUUUUGGCAAACAUGUAGCACAUUCAAGUACCAUAAGAGAAUGCGACCAUGAUGAAAAUGGGCGCACAGGGGUUUCAAAUAAUACAUACGCUUCUAAACGUAGAUAUCCUAAACCAACAUCUGAUAAAUCCAGAGCGUAUUCAUCAUUGGUUCAUGCCCUAUCGUAUGAUAAUGACAAUGUAAUACAGGGGAACCAAAGGGAACACUGCACCGAUUGUUCAGAGGCACCAUCGUUUUUUGCAGACACAUCGGCAUCUUCUAUGGUUGGGGAUGACAACCGAUUUACAUACGUGGUUCAGGGCCAUGUAAAUUAUGACAACCUUCAUUCAUCAUAUAGUAACAAUUUAGAAAGUGAUGACAUGGAAUUAUUCAUGUCAUUUGACCGUAUGAAUAGUAACAAUGAUACGGGAAAAGAAAGAAAAGGUGAUUCGAAGUCGUGCAUUACUUCAUUUACCAGUAUUAAUCACGGUGAAGGUUGCAAAUCUGAUUUCGGUGGUAGUAAUAUUGAUUCAUCUGUUACGUCAGAUCCACCGCUAAGUUAUAAAACAGAUGAACCAAGGUUUACUGAACACGAUGUGGGCGAUUACAAUGGUGGUGUACUGCUGUGCGAUGCCCCUGUUUCCUCGCCAUCUGUAUCAUUGCAUUCUGGUGGAUUUGAAUUGCAACCUUCAUCUAGUACGUCCGGUGGUAUCAAGUAUCCAAAUACAGAUAGUAUUAUAAAGACUGAUUAUAAUAUGCGUGACGAUAAUAAUGGUGAAAUAAGGUCACUCAAGUCUCGACGUACUUCGAAAAUACAUCGUUCCACUACACCUCAUUCAUCCAAUGAUAUAGCUGAUUCAUUACGUCCUUGGUACAGAGAAGUAUUCUGGGUUCCAAGCAUUUCGCGUUGGCGUACAUCUUAUAAUGAUGAAUUUGGUCUCCGCCACACGAAGACAUUUACUCCAUCUUUUUUCGGUGGUGUUAAAGCAGCCUAUGAUGCUGCUGUUGAGUAUAAAACUGCCGUGGAGCGUAUUUGCCGUGCUACUGGCAUUAGUGAUGAAGAACGCGUGACAUUGAGGCGCAAUGCUGACAUGUCAUUGAAGCGUAAACGUUUACCUCGUUGCUCCAAUAGUGAUUCUGAAUCUUCACCAUCGACAAGCAAUACUGGAAAUAGACCUGCUUUACUGUCAACUACACGUUUAUUGAAAUCGGUUGAUGAACCUAUUACUGUGGAACCUAAGUUAAGCGCUCCACCUACAAACGAUGGUCCAAGUACAUCUAAUCAAUUUGAUAAGUUAUCUAAGCAGAUUCCAAGUUCAAUAUAUACAAAUGCUGAGUAACGGCGAAAUUAGCAUUUAAUAUUUUAAG